CAACUGUAUAUUGAUACAAAAAAAAAAAAAAAAACUAUAUUCUAAUAAAAGUACUGUUUCUUUCCCCCCAGUAAUAAAUAUGGUGUCUACCAAAGAUGUUGAUCAAGCUCAAGAGCUUGAAGUUAUGUUGACUCGCUUGCAAGAAAUGAUAAUUGAUUAUGUGAAAAAAGGACAAUCAGAAACUUUACCUGUAGUUAACUAUAAAAGCCCUGAAGAGUUAUAUAAAACUAUUGAUUUUAAAUUACCUAAUGAAGGAGCUGGUAUUGAAGGGACAUUUGAAUUGAUCGAGUCUGCAAUGAAGUAUAGUGUGAAUUCCUGGAAUCCUCGAUUUAUGGAUAAACUGUAUGCAGGCACAAAUCCUAUUGGUGUCAUUUCCGAGCUUUUACUAGCUGUCAUGAACAGCAAUAGUCAUGUUUAUCAUGUUUCUCCAGUAUUUACUUUAAUGGAAAUUGAAGUAACUAAAGCUGUAGGCCAAUUAUUAAAUAUGGGACAAAAUGCAGGAGGCUUAUUAUGUCCAGGAGGAGCUGCAUCUAAUUUAUUAGCUAUGGUUACAGCAAGAAAUAAAUUCUUUCCUAUGAUUAAAACUGAAGGCUAUUUUCCAAGGCCUAUCAAUCCAAAUGCAAAUUAUGGACACCUGAAGGUAUUUACUUCAGCCCAUGGCCAUUAUAGUAUAGAUAAAACCGCUCAAUUGAUGGGAUUAGGCACAAAUAAUGUCAUUAAAGUACCUGUGGAUGAUAGAGGAAGAAUGAAAGUAGAUGAAUUAGAAAGACUCAUUUUAGCAAGCAUGGAAAAAGGCGAAACGCCUUUCUUCAUUAAUGCAACAGCAGGAACAACUGUUUUGGGAGCCUUUGAUCCAAUUCGAGAGAUAUCUACUAUAGCUAAAAAAUACAGUUGUUGGCUUCAUGUAGAUGGAUCUUGGGGAGGUGGUGCAGUAUUUUCAAAAAAAGUAAGAGAAGAACGAGAUUGGUUCGAUGGAUCUGAACUGGCAGACACAUUUACUCUUAAUCCUCAUAAAUUACUUGGUGUCCCCUUACAAUGCUCCAUGCUUAUUACACCACAUGACGGUCAUCUUUUGUUCGCCCGAGCUAAUACGUUAGCAGCCGACUAUCUCUUCCAUGGUAACCCAUAUGAUUUAGGAGCAGGUACAGUAGGCUGUGGUCGUCGUCCAGAUGCAGUAAAGAUAUUCUUGUCUUGGAAAUUUUACGGACAGGAGGGAUUAGGUAGACGAAUCGACAGAGCUUUAGCAUCAGCAGAGGCAUUUACAGACUUAGUUAGAUCAAGAGCUCAUAAAGGGUUUAAAUUAGUAAAAGAUCCAUGUUCGUUCCUGCAGAUUUGUUUUUGGUUUGUGCCACCACAAAUCAAGCAGCAACAAGCUAUUCAGAAUUUAUCGAGAAUUACAAGAGAGCUACAUCGUCACAUAAAUCAAUCAGGCGAAUUUCUCGUAGAUCAUGCGCCUGUGAUGGGGGAACAAGAUUUCUUUCGAGUUGUUAUAAAUGCUCCUAGUGUGAGCGUGCAUGGUGACUUGGAAAGGCUUCUUGAUGCUAUUGAGGAGGCAAACUUAACUAUAGAUUGGAAUAAUAUAUUAUAAAUUUUCAUUAUUAUCAUGCAUAUCAAAUGACUAUCAGAG